CAUGUUAUACAGAAGCUCCUCUUCCCUUACUUCUGGGCUGACCUGAGAUACUUGCUGAAGGUACUGAUGUAUGGGCUGAGAGUGGAGAUGUACCGGCAGCAAGGGAAGGUUGUCACCGUCCUGGACAAGUUUGUGAAGCUGGCUGAGAAGCAGCCCCACAAGCCGUUCCUCAUCUACGAAGGGCAGGUGCACACCUACAGGGGUGUGGUUUUUCAGGUCUUCCUGCAGCACGGGACUCUGAAGAAGGGCGACACGGCGGCCUUGCUGAUGGGCAACGAGCCAGACUUCAUCCAUGUGUGGUUUGGACUGGCCAAGCUGGGCUGUGUGGUGGCUUUCCUCAACUUCAAUAUCCGCUCCAGGUCUCUCCUGCACUGUGUCAGUAGCUGUGACCCCAAGAUACUGGUUGUGGGAGCAGAUCUGCUUGGGACACUAGAAGAAAUUCUUCCUAGCCUCCACAAAGAUGUUAGUGUUUGGAUAAUGACCAAAGACUCCACUCUUCCAAGUGUGCAUACCCUUUUAGACAAAAUGGAGACUGCAUCUGAAGACCCUAUACCAGUUAACCGACGGUCUGCCAACAACCUCAAGUCAUCUGUUUUAUACAUAUUUACUUCAGGAACAACAGGUCUUCCAAAGGCUGCAGUCAUCAGUCACAUGCAGGUUCUUAAAGGAGCUGCUGGACUUUGGGCUUUUGGUGCUACAGCAGAAGACAUCAUUUAUAUUACUCUGCCUCUUUAUCACAGUGCAGCGUCUCUUCUUGGCAUCGGUGGAUGCAUUGAAUUGGGUGCAACCUGUGUGUUAAAAAAGAAGUUCUCAGUUAGUCAGUUUUGGAGUGACUGCAAAAAGUACAAUGUGACUGUCAUCCAGUACAUUGGAGAACUUUGUCGUUACCUUUGCAGCCAGCCAGUGAGGGAAGGAGAAAGAAAUCACAAAGUCCGCCUAGCAGUUGGAAAUGGAGUAAGAAAUGACAUAUGGAGAGAAUUUUUAGACAGAUUUGGUGCUGUUAAGAUCUGUGAGUUUUAUGGUGCUACUGAAGGAAAUAUUUGUUUCAUGAACCACACAGGAAAAAUUGGAUCUGUUGGACGCACCAAUUUCUUUUAUAAG